CGGCCGGGCUGGGGGUUCCUCUGUCGCCACGCCCCUAGGGCUCCCCCGCCACGUGACCGGGGUUCGGGCCGCCCUGCCGGGGGCGAUGCCCAGUCGGAAGCGGAAGCGGUUUUGGAAUGCAGAGUGCGCGUCCUUCCCAGAUGAGACAACCCUACAGCUGAAAAAAUCAAGUCUCAGGGCAUCAGUGGCUGCAGCUUCCAUUUCCAGUGCGUGGCUUAGGUGUGGGGAUGGCUUUGCAAGUACUUCUAUGCUCGAGUCACUGAGAUGUGCUGAUAAUAAAUCUAAGACUAAGAAGCACCUUGGACCACUCUUAACAACUGCUGAAAGCCCAGUUGGAUCUGCUGCUGAAAGCUCUAAGGAAGUUGAAGACAUAAUUUGGACCUCUAGUGGCAGUGAUUUUUCAGAUAAUGAAAAUAAAACAUCGAUUUCAAGGUUACACAGCAAAAAGAGUCUCACUUGCAAAGCAGAGAAGUCACAGGGCAGGCAUUUUUUGUUAGAGGACAGAAGUGAUGAAGAUGAAUCAGAGUUUAUUGACUGGGAGAAGGAUAGUGAUUCUGCAGAUGAAUGUAAUGAAUCUGAGAAAGAUGACAGCUCACUGGAGAUAUCGGACACUGACUCCUGCACAAAUCUUAAUUCUCUACCUGGCCAAGAGGAGAAUGAUGAGCUUUGUAAGUUGGCAGAAAUUUCUGAAUAUUCAUCUGACAAUGACUAUGUGGAAGAAGUGGACACACAGCCCACUGAUCCAGGAUUCAUUAAGAAAUUGCAGUUGAGUGUGGGAGAAGUUGCAGCAAGACCUGCCAGCGAUUGGCUCAAGUCUGCACAGGCCCUUCUACAAACACCUAAGAAACAGUCAGGCAAGGCCUCAAGAACCCCGGAAGAUUCUGCUAAAAAAAGGAAAUUACUGAGGGGAGGGCUGGCUGAGAGAUUGUGCCGACUGCAGAACAGAGAAAGAUCUGCUAUUAGCUUUUGGAGACAUCAGUGCAUUUCAGAUGCUAAAAUCCCAUCAGAUAAAUCUGGUGUUUUAAUUGUGAAGAUCUUAGAAAUGUUUGAGGAGUGUAUGAUACAAGUUGCCAUCUGCCAGCAGCUGGAAGAGUCUCCUGCUAUCAUUUCAUCCGAAGACCUUGUCAUCAGUACAAGAGAACCAAUAAUCAAAGUCCUUUUUGCAAGAGAGACAGCUGCUCACCUGAAGAGUAGGCCACAGGAUGUCAUCCACAUCUAUCCCCCCUGGCAAAAACUACUUCUCAAGAAUGCAGAUAUUCCUGUUAUCAUGAAUACAUAUUUCAGUCAGAAGGUAUUACUCAGUGAACACUUAGAAACAAGCAAGAUACAGGGUCCUACAAAGAUGCUUAUUAGAAAGAAUAUUGUAUCUUUGGCACAGACAUUCAAACUAGAUGACCUUGACAAGCAACCCCAGGAAUCUUCAAAUGAUCAGGUGGCUUGUGCUCCACAACUCCAUAACACCUGUGAUCCUAAAAAGCAUCCCUUAGCACUGGGUGCUGUUAAUGAUUCUCUGCUUGAAAUGGUGGAAAGCCAAGGAGCAGUGGGAUGGAGAGAAGUGCAGGUACGAGUCAUUAUCCAAAGGGUGUACUAUUUGCCUGCAAGAGAAGGUUUCAGAAGCCAGAUUCAAGGAAACAAGCCUGUCUGUGCUACACCCAUCAUAAAUUCAGAUCCACUAAAUGUUAGGUUAUGCCUCCUUGUCCAGGAUGCCUAUGGCAUGUUCAGUGAAGUACAGCUACAGUGUCUGGAUUCUGCAAAAGACCUUGAGCAGUACUGCAAGAGAUGGGAGGGAAAAUUCUGCUGUUUAGCUGGAAUGAAAAUUUUGCAAAGAACUACAAGAGGAAGGGCGUUAGGACUUUUUAGUCUGAUAGACAGUUUGUGGCCUCCAGUAGUGCCUGUAAAAGUUCCUGGGCAAAGUCAAGACUCUGAAAUGAUGACAACUAAUCUGCCUCCUCCCAGCUUCUGUUAUGUUCUGACUGUUCAGUCUGGUGAAAUACACAUGGAAGUGGAUGAGGAAGAGACGAUUUCUAAAUUGUACCAGCCACCAACUGUGCAUAAUCUAAAGGAAAUUCUUCAGAUGGGUGAUUGUCAUGAACGUUGUAGCUUUUGGGCACGAGUACUGUAUCUAAGGCCACAGACAAAACACAGUGUUCCUGUAAAUCAAAGAGAGAUGUUGUUGUUUGUGACUGACUUCGCUUUGCAAAGUGUAGUUCGUGGAAUUCCAAAAGUUGUUGCUGUGUCAGUCACUGCAUCAUGUGUUCUCAGUACGGAAAUCAUAGAAGCCCUCAAUGUUGCCUCACGAUUCAUCUUCUUCAAGGAUGCCCUGUGGGGAAAUGGUAGGAUUAUUUGUGUUGAACGUACUGUUCUCUUAUUACAAAAGCCUCUUUUGUGCUCGGCUGCUGAUGCUGACCUCAGUGAGCUGCCUGGCCCUGUCAAACUCGAUGAGCUGGAUUCUACCACACAGGCCAAUUCCAUUUGUGCUGUGAGAGGUACUGUUGUUGGAGUUAAUGAGAGCACUGCUUUCUCCUGGCCUACAUGUGACAGAUGUGGCAAUGGAAAGUUGGAACUGUAUCCCCAGGACAGUGGACUGCUGUAUUGCAACCAGUGCUCUGAAGUUGUCAUUUCACCCGUUUUGAAAAUGCAGCUGGAAGUCUUCUUGAGUUGUCCAUCCCAAUCUCAAAGUACAGUCAAAGUGAAGCUGCUACAAAGAACAAUCUCUUCUCUCCUGAUGUCUGCUGCCAAUGUGGAUGGGAGCUACGAGGCGAGCAGCGUGCUGGGCAAGGAGCUGGGCCCGCUGCCCUGCCUCCUGCUCGGCGCCGGCGGGCGGCCCGGCUGCUCGCGGCUGGAGGAGGUGGCGCUGCUGCCCGCGGGACCCGGCGGGGCGAGCGGCUGAACGGGAGCGCGGUAACGCGGGGGGGAGUCGAGAAGGGAGGCCGUCAAACGGGGGGGUGUACGGAGCGCACAGAGCUCUGCUCGGCCGCCCCGGCUCUUG